GUAAAAGAUAACAUCAUAUUGCAUACUGAUCUCACUUAUCCCUCGUGCGCCUCGGCCGCCACAAAGUCGUCAACAACGUGGUGCAGUUGAAGCGCCUGCACGCACGCCUGAUCUACCCCUUACCCAGCCAAUCAACGAUACCUUUCUCCGAGACCGAUAGCCCGGACGGAUGUGCUGUUGGUCCUUGGGUGGACUCUUGCCAAAACAGGUGGUUUUCUUUUCCCUCCUCUUAUAUUGAUCGGUUAGGUCGUCGGCUCUCAUAGUACUUAUACUACUUAAAGUAAUCCGUACUUAGUUAACCUAAAUAAAACUCAUGUUCUGCCCGCGAAGUUCUGUCAAGUGCAUCGAUGUUUAGACCUCCUAUUCCCACUUUAUUAUCCCCGUCCAUGUUCAGCGAUCCCUUCACCGCCGCGUGUUGGCCGGACAGACAAAUGACAACCGUGCUAGUUAGCUAACCGGUUGCGUUCCCGCCUCGUCCCUUUUCCCGCUACUUCAUAAGUAAUUAAACUAGAACUCAUCUUUGUUGUUUUCAUUCCCAACUUUAUAGGAGAAUAACAAGUGUUGCUAUAAUGCCUGUGGAAGUUGUUACGAUCGUGAACUCGUCGGGGAAGAUAAUCAGCAAUGGUAGACACCUGAUCAAUGUUCUUAAAGAAGCCAAGGCCUCCUAUCAAGAGAAAAAGGCGGCUAUUAAAGCUGAACGCGCCAUCAAGCGUAGUGAGACCAUCGACAUACCGAGUGCAUCUCGCUACUAUGACGGCAUCGAAUAUGAUAGGUGGCCUCGCCGGGCGUCUCACGAUGACGCUGCUUCUCAAGCUUCCUCCCGUAGAAGCUACCGCUCAAAGCGGUCUACUUCCAAGGCGGGAACUGCCUUGACUGAACGCAAUCUAAAGACUCUUACUGAAGUCUCCUCUACGGCUCCUUCGCGCCCUCCAGGUACAUACCAUUCUCCGUAUGCCGAGACAGCCCCUAGAGACAUGACAUUGAGUCGACCAACAUUAGCGCAUGCGCCAACGAUGCCUAUCUACGCCGGUGAGCUGGCCGGUUCGACCCCGACGCAUAUCGUGCCUGUGUCCCGAUCAACAUCGGAUCCGGCCCUAAGGGAGAAGGGGAAGGAUAUUGACAUGAACUUAGCUUAUGGAAGUCUUCCUCCGGAUCUAGAAGAAAGGGUGGACCUAGAUCCCGUCCACAAGAAUGUCGAAAAAGAGCGCGAAGCAAUGAGCGUAAUAGAGAAGAUUGAGAACCUACUAACGGAGGCUCAAUGUUUACACCAUACUGCGACGCAUAUCAUUCAGCAUCUACAGGGAAACCCGGAAGCUGCCGCUGCUGUUGCUCUUACGCUUGCCGAGCUUUCUGCGCUACUAGGAAAGAUGUCGCCUUCUUUCCUUGCCGUCCUCAAAGGUGGAAGUCCUGCAAUUUUUGCUCUUCUAGCCAGCCCCCAGUUCCUUAUUGCGGCUGGUGUGACAGUUGGAGUGACGGUGGUCAUGUUUGGAGGUUGGAAGAUUGUGAAGCGUAUCCAGGAAGCUAACUCUGCUGCUGCUUCUCCGAUGGCUUUCCCGGCGUACCAACCAGCGCCUGGUGAAGCCAACCGGGCUCCAUAUCCGGAAUCGGAAGUAAGCGCGGGCUUUGACGAGGCUCUUGUGCUUGAGGAAGAGUUAAGCAGUAUCGAAAUAUGGCGAAGGGGCAUUGCACCUUUUGGCGAGGAUGGUCAGGCCGACCUUGAGCUUAUCAGUCCAGAAGCUGAUCGUGCGAUUCGCAGUCAGUACGGUGGUGAUGAUGCGCGGACCGAGCGUAGUGUUCGCACGAAUCGAACUGGUCGCACAGACAAGACAUCCAAGACAAGUAAAACGACUAAGACUAGCAAGUCGCACAAACCACAGAAGAGCCGGAAGGGCGACCCGGGAGAGCAUCAUGACGUUCCCAAGGACGGUAGCAGCAGUAGCGUCAAAGAUGUCGAUAACGCGAGUGAGGCGGGUAGUCACCGAAGCCACCGAAGUACCCAGAGUCAUCGGAGCGAUAAGACAGAACGUCACUCCAAAUCUAAGCGGUCCGAAAAAGUAGAGGUCAAGGCCAUCGACGACAGUCGCAGCGACCGAGAAAAAUCCGACAGCGUCGUGCUUCGUCCGAAGAAGGACAACAUGCUUAAGUCCUUAUUCAAGAAGAAGAAGGACCGCGAAGAUAAGGAACGGGCUUACUCGGUUGUUCGGUGAUGUUGUUUACAUUUGAGGUUUCGUCCAUCUUCGGUUAUAUGCAUCGAAUUGCAGAAUAGGAGGAUACCAGGCUCCUUAGAUUUCAAUGUUCAUUUACGGGAGUUUAUGGGUGAUAUUUAUUUUAUAUAUAUAUUAGCAUGAUGCAUAUAGCGGGUGGUCGCCCAUCACGAAAUCUGCUUUAUAGCAGUUAGCUUACUUAGGAACGAAGACAUACGAAGACAAUGCAGAGAGUGAAAUUC